CUGAACCUUCGAAAAAAAUCGACACUUAAAACUGGUUGGGCAUAGUCAAACAACGAUUAUCGCAAACUUUAAGUUGCGUAGGUGGUCGCAUUUUGAGUUAGGUGGUCCCUCCAUCUACGAAGUCUAGAGAAGAAAUGGAAGACUUGUUGACCCGGUUUUAUCGGGUCUCGAGUCUUUGUCUACGCUGGGUGUUGCGCACUCAUCAUAAAGUCGCACCGUAGCUCUAGCCCACAUACAUUCCGAACGAUUCCCCAAACCACAUUUAUUGUUUUGAUUCUCCUGUGGCCUGCAUUUGCCCUGACUGACCGCAUUCAUUCUAUGGCCUCUGCAACUCUAACGUUUUCCAUAGUUUUCAUUAUUAGCAUGGUCGUGUGCGUUUUGUCUCAUUCCCGUCUCACGCCUUACAUCAGCCUCCGUUCAACGCUUACAGCUGGUUCCCAAAAUUUCAAAUGGGUUUCACCGAAUGGUGAAUUUGCCUUUGGAUUCCAUUCUGUCACUCCCCCUCUCUACUCGGUGGGCGUCUGGUUUGACAACAUAUCCGAAUUCACUUUCGCGUGGACAGCCAAGACGGACAACAUAGAGCUUCGACUCGAAAGGGGGUCUACCCUGCAGCUUUCGAAUGCGGGGCUUCAGGUCUUGGAUUCUCAAAGACGACUAAAAUGGGCUGCAGGCCCCGCUGAAAAUGAAAACGAAAGCGUAUCUGCAGCUGCAAUCCUCAAUAGUGGCAACUUUGUGUUGCUCAAUCAGUCGGCAGCGCCCAUCUGGCAGAGCUUCGAUGCGCCUACGGACACCCUGCUGCCUGGUCAGUCGCUGACCUCCAAAUAUGGCAUGCUUUCCAAAUCUUCAUCCACAAACUUCUCCUCUGGCAGAUUCGGGCUCGCAAUGAAAGUGGACGGAGAUCUGGUGUUCUAUCUAGUGGAGAGGCUGGAGGAUAAAGGCGUUUACUGGAGGGCAAGUGAUAAGAUAGAAGAUUAUGAUUCUUAUUGUGAGGUCGAGUUGAAGUUUAAUCGUAGUGGAAGCUUGUAUUUGGUAAAUAGCAGCGACAUAGAAGUGGCAACGCUCAGUACGGGUGGGGAGGGGGAUGGUCAGUUUCUUCGCAGAGUGACCCUUGAUACCGACGGAGUUCUAAGGCAGUAUGUGUGGAAUCAGAUGGGCAGUGGCGCCGCUUCUUGGUCAAGUGUAUGGCAAGUUCUGGACGAUCCAUGUACUGUCAAGGGUCUGUGCGGGCUUAAUAGUGUUUGUCAACUGAUUGAGUUGAAAAAGCCCAAUUGUUUAUGCCUGCCGGGAUUCGAUUUCAUGGAUACAGAGGAUCCAUCGAGGGGUUGCAGGUCGAAUUCUUCACAAGACUACAGCUGCAGUGCAAGGAGAGAAAUGGUACCGAUUCCGAAAACCAAUUGGGCCAAGGAUAAUGAUUAUUCAAAUUUGCAGGAUGUUUCUGAAAGUGAUUGCAUGCAGGCAUGUAGUGACGAUUGCAUGUGUAUCGUAGUUACUUACGAGAAUAAUAUGUGUUACAAGAAGCGUAUGCCUUUAAUAGACGGCCGGCAGGGCUACGGCAUUGCCAGUAAAGCUUUUGUCAAAGUCACCGACCUUUCUAUUGCGCCUUUCUCUCCCCCUUCCAUUCUUUUGCCUCACGCUCAGCCCGUCAACGUAACCAAAGAGGAGAUGCAGGGGAAGGGGAAAGUUGUUCUAAUGGUUGGAAUAAGCCUGGUGGGUUGUUCUUCAAUCCUUGCAACAGCAACGUUCCUGCUAACGUGGUUUUUCCGUAGCUCUAUUCAUAAUACCGGUACAAAUACGGUACAGGAAAAAGCCGGGAAGAGCCGCAACUUAAAAGCUUUUAGUUACAAAGAGAUCCAGGCUGCUACAGGAGGUUUCAGACAGGAAUUAGGAAGGGGUGCCUUUGGUAAAGUUUAUAGAGGAGAAUUACUCAACGGAAGGGCGAUUGCUGUGAAGACACUAGAUAAGCUGGUGCACGAAGGGCAAGGAGAAAAGGAGUUCAGAACAGAGGUGAGUAUUAUCGGUACAAGCCAUCACAGAAAUCUUGUUCAAUUGUAUGGUUUCUGCGACGAGGGCGCUCACAAGUUUCUGGUGUAUGAAUACAUGAGCAAUGGAUCUUUGGAUGGUGUUUUGUUUGUUGAUAGCGGGUUUCUUAGCUGGGAGUUGCGCGUGGGAAUUGCCAUUGGGACCGCCAGAGGCAUCCUGUACCUUCAUCAAGAAUGCGCAACGCAAAUCAUCCAUUGUGAUAUAAAGCCGCAGAACAUUCUGCUCGACGAAAAAUACAAUCCUAAGAUUUCUGACUUUGGCUUAGCCAAAUUGAUGAAGGCAGAGCACACUCGAACUUUUACGGCCGGGGCUCGUGGUACAAAGGGUUACAUGGCACCCGAAUGGCACAGGAAUGUCGCCGUUACCGUGAAGGUUGAUGUUUACAGUUUUGGAGUGAUGCUCCUUGAGAUUAUCUGUUGCAAGAAAACCGUCCACUUAGAUGAAGAAACUGAAAGCCUUCUGUGCGACUGGGUUUAUGAGUGCUUCAGACACGGCAGACUUGUACAAUUGGUAGAGCAGCAGCAGUUAGAGGGUGAUACAAUUGAGCCAAGGCAGCUGGAAAGAAUGGUGUUGACGGCGCUGUGGUGCAUUCAAGACAAUCCUGCUCUGAGGCCGUCAAUUAAAAAGGUUGUGCAGAUGUUGGAAGGAACAGUUGAGAUCGCAGUACCCCCACCUCCUUAAUUUUUCCAUCAGUAGCCUGCUAAUAAAUGAAACUGCUUUCACAAUCAUGUUGUAAUACUCUCAAAUCUAACGAGUCCAAACCCCUUCUCAUGCUUGUAUUACUAUAUCAUCAUACCCGUUCUCCUGCUUGUAUUACUAUAUCAUAGUUUUCUAUAUCAUAGUUUUGUCUUUGCAAUAAGCUUCUUCGCUUAAAGUAAAUUCACAAUUCCCCCAAAAAAAAACCUUUCUAUUUGUAACUGAUUUCUCUCUUCACAAGGCAGCUGCUUACCUUAUUGGCUUGCUUGUAGUGACUAUUGAUUUUAGUAUACGUUCUCAUAUAACUACCUCUUGC